ACGAAAAUGGCUACAGGCUUGGUGUGUGUGUUGUUGAGUGUACCACUCGUGUCAGCACUUCUGUUUGACGGGUCGUGUCGAGGAAGAUGCCACAAGUAUGUCGCCAACAGCGUGUGUUUCUGUAACGACCAGUGUACACGGUUUGGGGACUGUUGCCCCGACUAUAAACAGGAAUGCGGCACGUGUGCGGGGAAGUGCCACAACUUCUAUGACUCUGCACUACCCUGUCAAUGUAAUGAUCGAUGUUCCGAAUACAGCAACUGCUGUGCUGACUACAAGACACUUUGUGCUCAAGCUCUGAUAGCAGACAAGUUGUGGAAGAUUGAUGUGCACAGAUUUGAAGCUGACGAAAUCACAGUCAACUACGGAUCCAGUAUGGCCGUAAACGACAGUUUUAGCCAACCAGCACAACCAUUAUUUACCAAAGUGAAUGAGAGCCGUUUUACGCAUCCUACAUACAAGACGUUCAUCGCUCUUAUAAACAGCUAUGACCCUCCAGUUGGUCAAACAAACCCCGGGGUUCCAGCUGACCAAUCUCUUGUGGAUGCCUUUUUAGAUUCGUUGUUUACGUCGGAGGUGACACGAGCAGCGCAUGCACAUCUCCUUGAAAACAAUUAUUUUAGCGGCAACUUGUCAGAUUACCGCCGCACUCUAACCCAGCUCUGGUUUAAGCCCUACACGAGCAGCGGAUCAACGUCUAACAUCACCGGCUUUCAAAUGAUGAUGUUAAGCAAAGAGGGAGGAUCCAGUCUCAUUGGGCCUCACAACUGGGUUCGAUUCUAUCUUGAAGAAAAAGCCGGCAGAAUCAGUUACAGGGGAUACACCAAGAAAACCGACUUCCUGGUGGAAGCAGUGUUCACGGUGCCAAGUAACACCAUCUCAGCAGCCACCAGCUUCUUCCUCGGCAGCAGCCCUAUAUUUGACAUCAACUUGAGCACCAUCUGUGCCCUCAGCAACUCUACUGGCACCUGUAGUUAUAAGAUCGACAGCACCCCGUUCAGUGUCGUGACUCACAGACAAGGCAUAGUGGUUACCGAGGCGUAUCCUUCUCUACCAUCAUUGUCUCCUCCCUACUUGGGCUACACAUCACUGCUGCAUUCAUCUUGUCGGACGACAGCUGUUCAGGUCGUUGUUACGCUCAACUGGACAAGGCAAGUGGAUGCCAGUGUAACUACAUCUGUCACAAGUACGGCGACUGCUGCCUCGACUUCGACUACUCUUGUAGACACAAAGGCACCCCCUGUUCCAAGUCACACAGGGGCACCUGCAGUAACAACCCACACGCCGGGACAGAACACCCCAGGACCCAACACCCCUGGACCCCACACUCCGGUGACGAAGAACAACAUUGCUGACGUGCUCUGGCAGGUUGACCCUGAUAAGUUUGACAUGGCGGACAUCACCAUCAACCUUGGAGGUCACGCAGCAAGUGGGAAGUCAACCGAUGUCUCCAAGGAUAAUUUGUUCAGCCAUGUGAAUACUGCGAAAUUAAGCAGACCUAUAUACAAGGCACUCAUGGAACUCUGGGACAACUACAUCCCAACUAGGGGCGCCUCGGACCUCGUGUCCAUUGCGGACAAAGCUGAAAUCAACAACUUCCUUGACCUUGCUAUGGCUUCACCCGUCAUGGAGACAGCAUACAACUACCUCGUCGACCAGCAUAUCUACAGCGGAAGUAAGACAGCCUUCAGAGACAAGAUCUUCUCUCUCUGGUUUGAACCCUACUCCAGGUCCGGUGGGUCGUCCAAGGACAGCAGUGGGUUCGAACACGUGUUUGUCGGCGAGUACAAGUCGUCCAUAGUGGAGGGUUUCCACAGUUGGCUGCGCUUCUACACAGAGGAACAAGCUGGACGUGCCAACUACCUUGGAUACCUCAAGAAUGUCGGGCCACAGAUGGUCGAGUUCUCCUUCACCUGGAACGGUCACUUCAAGAAGAUUGACUCAUUCAUAGUCGGGUCCAGUCCAGUGUUCGACAUGGCCCUGGCCACAAUCUGUAUACUGACUAGGCCAAGCUCGUCUUGUCCCUUCACCCUCAACGGCCACAACUUCAGCAUCAAGCAGUACGACGAGGCCCACACGUCCGGAGUACAAGUAGCCACCGCCUACACUGUCUUCUAAACACACGAUGACCACUCGCCUUAAUGCAACGUUAAUGAUUGAUUGAAUGAAUGAAUGAAUGAGUAUUAUUUGUCGCCGCCGUUAUGCUCCAGUGUGCAUUGACAAUUCAUUGAGUGGUGUGUAUAUUCAAUUCAUUUCGUUAUUCCAGCAGUGUAAGCCAUCGGUCCUUAACUACAUAGGUUAGAUUGUACAUGGAAAAUAAUGGUUUGUGCAGUUCAAAUUGAUAAUUUUAACAUCUUAGAAACAUUGCAUGAUAAAUUAAGCUGGCUAAAUUAUUAAUAAGUUUACAAUCUGAUGAUGACAUGAGGAAUUUAAAUUCAGCUUCUGGUAUAAUAGGUUUAAGGUAAAUGGUUCAAGCGGAGCUGUUUGAAUUUGGAACACACGAGGAGAAAAUGGUAUUCAUCCUCAAAAUAACCUUCUUCGCAUUGUAAACAUAUUCUAUCAUUUCUAUCUAUAUUAUAAUUCCUUCCAGUUUCAAUACGUAACUGAUGUGGAAAACAUCUAAACUAAGUGAGGUGCUUCUCUAAACUUCUUAAUGUUAAAUACAAUUCCCUGGAAGCGAUAUUUUGAAGUAAGAAUACGACAUAGAUUUGCUGUCAUUUUGAAGUGAACUAUAAGAAAUUCUGUUCAUGAAUACAUUUAAUUCAGAUAAAAAUGAGGCAGGAACAUAACAAAUUCCUGUUGCCCAAACAAAAUCCAUACCCAAAAUAUUAUAAUUAUUAUUAUAUUAUUACUGGGAUAAUCGUUGCACUGAUUGGAACCUCUUGAAUCCAGAGGUGAAGCCAAUUUCUGUUGCCCAUCGCCGUGGUAUUACUGGAGUAUUGCUAAAAGCGACGUAAAACUAAACUCACUCACUCACUCAUUCAAAUUUGUAUAUAUACUAGUGUUUGUACUUGUUAGUUUGUUAGUCCGAGCAUUGAUGUCUUUCUGAAUAAAUUAUUCCUGUGUUUGUUA